ACCGCCUCCCGGGUGGGCGGGGGCAAGGACUAGGGCGCGACCAAUCACCGAGCCAGCCCCUGGAAGCGCUGAGAAGCCGCGAAUCGGAACGCCGCGGCUUCCGCCUUGCCUGGCGCGCAAUAAUUUGAAUACAGUGGAGGAGCGCUGGCUCGGCUGAGGAGAGGUCGCGGCUGCUGAGGCGCAGGAGCUCAGCUAAGAGGAUGUCUCCUUUUACUCCGAGGAAGAGGAGGCAGCAUUCUUUGAACCGUGACAACCUAUUAUCAGAUAUUCCGUCAAAGAAAUCAAUUUUGGACUUUACUGAAAAUAUACUUCCAUCACCUAAUAAAAAGCACAUUUGCCAAAGCAGUGAUAAAAAUGAAGAAAAGAUGCAUUGCUCUCAACAAGGCCAUUUCAUUUCAAGUCCACUCAAAACAACUAAAAAAAAUAGAUUGCCAUCAGCAAAUCAGGGUUCACCAUUUAAAUCUGCUGUGUCUACUGUAUCAUUUUAUAACAAAGAUAAGUGGUACCUCAAUCCAUUGGAAAGAAAGCUGAUAAAAGAGAGUAGACCCAUUAUGAAAAAUGAAGAUAAGUCUUUUCCCAGUGUGACAGAAAAAAUGCAAGGAAAACCAGUCUGCUCCAAGAAGAUGAACAGAAAACCACAGAAGAGUUUAACUGCUAAGUGUCAACCAAGUUAUAAGUGCAUCAAGCCUGUAUCAAAGAAUUCUAAAAAUUCGAAGCAAAAUCGGGUGACCUAUAAACGAAUCGUGGAGAAAGAGAAUAAUUGUUAUUCAGCUGAAAAUCUGAAUGGUCCUCGCGUUCUAAGCCAAAAAGUCAAACCACAAGUUACACUCCAGGGUGGAGCUGCAUUUUUUGUUAGUAGAAAAACAUCCUCUUUUAGAAAAUUGUCUCUAGAAAAUAAGCCAUUACUGGGAUUUACCCAAAAGAAUAAAUCAGAAGUGAUUGAAGAUUCUGAUGAAGAGACUGUCAGUAAAAGAAAAAGUUUUGAGAUGAGCCAAGAGCCAAAGGACUUGUUACUAGAAAAGGAACUGAACAUUGAGCUGCUGGGUGCAAGAAGUAAAAAUGAAGAGAAGUUAAUAAAGGAUUCAUCAGGUGCAGUAGUUUCUUCAAGGGAAUGUAAAACUGGUGAAAAUAAAUGUUUUCCUUCAGAAGAUUCUCUGAGUGAGAACAAGGCAGUUUCUCCUGAGUCGAUUGUCUAUCCCAUCUUCAGUGUGUCUUCAGUCAAUACAAAAAGAUCUCUAGUUGAAGAACAGUCUUCUGUGGGAUCCGUCAUGUCUACUAACGUCUUGAAACAGAUCAAUACACAGAAAAGUACUAAUACCAGAGAUACAAAUAAAGAAACAAAAGACCAGCUCAUCAUUGAUGCAGGUCAGAAACAUUUUGGAGCCACCACGUGUAAGUCUUGCGGCAUGAUCUAUACUGCUUCCAACCCUGAAGAUGAAAUGCAACAUCUUCAGCAUCACCAUAGAUUUCUGGAGGGAAUAAAAUAUACAGGCUGGAAAAAAGAACGUGUAGUAGCAGAGUUUUGGGAUGGGAAAAUUGUGUUGGUCCUGCCACAUGAUCCGAGUUAUGCUAUCAGAAAGGUAGAAGAUGUCCAAGAACUUGUCGAUAAUGAAUUAGGCUUCCAGCAAGUUGUUCCCAGUUGUCCAAAUAAAACCAAAACUUUUCUCUUUAUAUCUGACGAAAAGAGAGUAGUUGGGUGUUUAAUUGCAGAGCCCAUCAAACAGGCCUUCCGUGUCCUGUCUGAACCAACUGGUCCAGAAUCCCCAAACUCUAAAGAGUGUCAUAGGGCUUGGCAAUGUUCAGAUGUACCAGAACCUGCAGUCUGUGGGAUAAGUAGAAUCUGGGUCUUCAGACUGAAGAGAAGAAAGCGCAUUGCAAGACGACUGGUAGAUACUCUCAGGAAUUGCUUCAUGUUUGGCUGUUUUCUCAGUACUAAUGAAAUAGCAUUUUCUGACCCAACACCAGAUGGCAAGUUAUUUGCAACCAAGUACUGCAACACCCCUAAUUUCCUUGUGUACAAUUUUAAUAGUAAAAGCUAAUUUCAACUAUAGAAUAGUUACUGUGUGGGCGAGUGCAGACAGCCCCUUAUCAUAUAGUAUGAACUGUUUAUCAAAUAUCAGAAUACAAAGACACAUGUACACACAAACCUCAAUUUUUUUUCCUUAUGAACUGAAAAGUCAGGGAUAAAUCUAUUGAAAAUUAUCGGGGGAUUCAAAGAAAGGAAAAAAUCUUUGGAUGAUCCAUACUGACUAGCACUCUGAAUCCUUAAUUAUGAAACAUCGUAGCUAUAACUGGAAAAUUACUUGCCUCUACGUAAAAACAUUGACAAAACAAGAUGGUUUUCCACAGAAGUGUGACCACUUGUCUUUUAUAAAGCACACUUUUGGACUAGGAUUAUCACAUGCCUGAUCAGAAGCAAACGGAAAAAUUGAAAGACAGGCAAAUAAUUUCCAUGCCCAAUAUUUAAAUACAAUAACUGAGUUCUGUACACAAAAUUCUCACUUUAUAGGUACUUUGCUGUAGCAAGUCAGUUUGAAUAUAUUUAGGAAGUGUUUUGAAUUUCUAAUUUGUAACAGUUGGAAAGAUGGUAAACAAUGAGUAAAAUUUCCAUAUCGUUUUAUGUAGAACAGAAUUCUAUAGCUUAAUGUUUUAAUCUUUUAAAAAAUCAUAUUAAUCAAAAGCACAUCUGUCAUCAGAUUUAAACUUAGUAAUUGCACUAUUGUCAUUUCAUUAAAUUUUGGUGUAUGAAAAUGUUAAUUGUGCUACUUAUCUUUAGUGAACUUAUUACUGGUGAUGGACAUCAUUAAUAAAAUGGAUACCUAGUUGGAUUAGAUGAUUCAUAUGGUUACAUUUUAAGACUUUUUGCAUGUGUAAAAUACGCUUACUUGUUCUGAGACAUCUGGCAAAAGUGCUGACAAAAUGUAUAAUAACAGAACCAAGAUUAACAAAUAAAUAUAUCUAGGGUGAUGGGCCAGAGAAUAUGAUAACAUUAUGUAAAUAUGCCUAAAUAUGCACACAUUUUUCUAGUAUAAUUCUUGGACACGUACUUUGAAAAGCAAAGAAUUAUUCAGAUUGUUUUGAUUCUAAAAAAAUAAUUUAACUGCUUUCUGGCAAUAAGGCUCUGGGGAAGUAGUUUUCCAGGUUGUGACUCUUAUGUGGAUUCUGUUCAUCUGCAUUCUUUUAUUUGCCUAUAAGUUAACAUGAUUCCAAAAUUUAAAAGCCUGGGUUCGAAAAAGAAUGUGGAAGUGUUAAAAUGUGUGUAAUUAUGCAAACAUUUUAAUGCUAUUUUCUGCGCUGCUGUUUUUUUAAUUGUAUUAAAUAUUUUAUUUAAAAAUUUUUAUUAACAUUAUUUUGUUUGCUCAUUGCCUUUGUGAUGAAUCAAUUAAAAUGCUUUUCAAUAUG